CCCGACACCCCCCCCCCCCCCGCCCCCGCCGCUACCUCCGCCUAUAGCCCCAACACUUUGCUACGCAAACACGAGAAGGAUGAGCUGCGGCAGCUCAACGACCGCCUCGCUAACUACAUCCAGCGGGUCCAGGAGCUGGAAAGCGAGCGGGCCUCCGUGCUGCUCCAGCUGGAGGAGAAAGAUGACUCUAAAAGCCGGGAGAUGGGCAACGUCCGGCGGCUGUACGAGGAGGAAUUGGCCGAUGUCAGGAAGUCCCUGGACGGCGUGGCCGCAGACUGGGCCCGUCUGCAGAUCGACCACGGGAAUCUGUGUGAGGAUUACCAAAAACUUCAGGCCAGACACCAGAAGAAGGAGAGCGAUCUGGCGAACACGGUGUCUCAGUGGAAGAGAGUCGAGGCCUCCCUGACCGCCAAGGAUGCCGAGUGUUCUAAGCUCCUGUCUGACAACAGGAGGCUUCAAGAUGACGUCGCUGACCUGCAGGGUCAGCUGGAGAACGUAGAGAGCGUUCUGUCUGAUGCCAAAAACCAACUGGGCUCUGAAAUCUUGAGGAGGGUGGACAUGGAGAACCAGGUGCAGACACUCAGGGAACAGCUGGAACUCCAGAGGAACAUCAGUGAGCAGGAGAUCCUGGAGAUCCGCAGUCGUCACAACAGCCGCCUGGUGGAGGUGGACUCAGGGAGACGGAGGGAGUUUGAGAGUAAACUCGCUCAGUCCAUUCAGCAGCUUCGCCAGGAGCACGAGUCUCAGAUGCAGCAAUACAAGGAGGAGAUCGAGAAGACCUUCAGUUCAAAGUUGGAGAAUGCGCAGCAGGCUGCGCUGGAGAAGAGCGACGUCAUGUUGUCCACCAGAGACGAGCUGGAGUCCACCAAAGUCAGAGUGGAGGCCAUCAGCCUUCAGCUGCAGCAGUGCCAGAAAGACAAAACCACUCUGGAGGACCGGGCCAAGGAGCUGGAGAGGACUCGGGACAGGGAGCGGGAGCUUUGGCAGCAGAAAAUGAACCAGAAAGAGCAGGAGCUGCUGAAAACGAGGAGCCAAAUGUUCAGCCAGCUGGAGGACUACGAGAACCUGCUGGACGUCAAACUGGCUCUGGACAUGGAGAUCAACGCCUACAGGAAGAUGCUGGAGGUGGAGGAGCAGAGGUUGCAGUUGUCUCCCAGUCCCCCGAGGCAAACCACUGUCUCGCGGACACACGAACACAGCAGCCACAAAGUCAGAGGCAAGAAACGAAAAUACGAGGGAUCGACUGGCAGCUCACCAGCCUGUAAGGCCUCCAGUCGAUCCACUAUCCACAGCACAGUGAGCCUCGCGGAGGCGGACGUGGAGGGGAAGUACGUCAUGCUAAAGAACAAUUCUGAAGAGGAGCAGCCCCUCGGUGGUUGGACGGUUCGUAGGAUUUAUCCCGACUCUGGGAACAUCUCCUUCCACAUCCCCUCGUCCUGUGUCCUGGCUGCUGGACAGACGCUCACUAUCUGGGCCGCAGGAGCGCAGACGCAGGCUGCAUCUGGAGACAUGGUUCUUCAGGGCCACAGGAGCUGGGGCCCCAACUCCGUUAGGGUUGUCCUCCUCAAUGCUAACCAGGAGGAAAUAGAUGACCUCUGCAUGCCGGUCAGAGACGACGAGGAGAGUGAACUGGAGUUCCAUGAAGAAAUCCUCACAGGCAGUUCUAUCCAACAUUUAAGGAGACAGGAACUAUCUAAGGAGGCCAGCUGUGCCGUCAUGUGAUCGCUCAUUCGGCUCCUGCUGCUCUUCACGUCUUCGGCCUUGAUCUGCUUUGAUCCAUUUAAUGUCUUUUACACAUGACCACAGACACACUGACGUAUUAAUGUAAGGGCCAGAUGCUGGGACACCUCACAGUAGCAGUAUUGCACCUCAGUAUUCCUUUAAAUGCCAGAUUACAGACGAUUACAUGUGAUCAUAGAUAUAAUUUAAAUGUGUUUUGACAAAUAAAAUAAUUAAAUAAUAAAGUUUUCUUAACAAACAGUAAAAUGAUAGAUUUGAGUGUGUAUGUGUGUGUGAAGGUGUGCAUUAAAGUUUUUAACCUC